AUGGACGACGCUGCGCCGGUGAAUUGGGAAGCUCUGGACGCCCUCGUCAUCGAUUUCGCCACAUCCGAGAAUUUGAUUGAGCAGCAGCCGCAGGAGUCUCUGGCGGAUUCCCCUGCUUCGCCGUUAUCUCCUCUAUCUCCGUCGUCUUCGUCUGUCUCGUAUUCUUCCUCAUCGUCUUACCAUUCCAGGCUGAUCAUUCGCCAGAUCAGGCGGUGCCUAGCGGCGGGGGACAUUGACGCCGGAAUCGAGCUUCUCCGAGCUCACGCUCCUUCCGUUCUCGACGAUCACAGGGUUCUAUUUCGCUUGCAGAAGCAGAAAUUCAUCGAGUUGUUGAGGAAAGGGACGGAAGAGGGGAGAGAUGCUGCGAUUGCUUGCAUAAGGACGGCUCUUGCUCCCUGUGCGCUUGAUGCUUAUCCGGAAGCAUACGAGGAAUUCAAGCAUGUUCUCCUUGCCUUUAUAUAUGACAUACAUGAUAAGAGUUCGCCUGUGGCAAAUGAGUGGUCUGAAAAGAAGAGGUCCGAAAUUGCUGGGUUGAUGACUUCUGUCUUGAGAGCUCAUUUGCAGGCAUAUGAUCCAGUCUUUGCAAUGACAUUGCGAUAUUUGAUAAGCAUACACAAAACCUUUUGCUUUCGUCAAGGAACCACAUCUCCGAUUUCAGACCUUACUGAGAGGUUGCUCAUGGAGGAGCGUGACCCUCCAGCUGUGCCACAGGAGAGUUUUUAUGAGGCACCUCCAUUUGAUGAGGUGGACAUUCAAGCUCUUGCACAUGCUGUUGAGCUUACAAGGCAGGGAGCUGUUGAUAGCUUGAGAUAUGCUAAAGGAGACUUGUUUCAGGCGUUCCAGAAUGAAUUAUGCCGAACGAAGUUGGACGUGCCCGUGCUAGAUGAACUUGUUCGAGAGUAUUGUGUCUAUAGAGGCAUCGUUCGCUCGGGCUUUGUGGCAUCUGCUGAAUGCAAAGUAAAUCAAUCCGAACCUGGUCGCUUGCCAUCUCAAAACUAUUCUCUUGAAGUGGACCAGGCUACCAGCAUACCUUCAGAUGGUGAAAAUUCUGUAAUCACAAUGCACCUGGAUGUUUCUUCAGAGAAUGAUGUUGUUGUCAAUAGCAGGCCAGAAACUGAUAUUGAGAUGAGAUAUGCUUCUGAAUCAACUGGAAAUUGUGAAGAUUGCAGCACAAGUGAAAUACAGCAACCUGACAUAUCAAAACUUCUUCAAAGAAAUAGAAACUAUACAAGCGGAGAGAGGAGCAAACGCAAGCGCUGGAGGGGUCGGCAGGAUGAGCAGGAAUAUCUCUCUGGUGUAGCUUACAGUGCAUGCAGCAAGCAAGACCUUGAUGCAGUCAUAGCCAGGGCAGACAUCGGUGGUGAACACCAGGGAAUAGAAAAGCAGUCCACAGAAGACCUAAAUAACAUGGAUGAUAGGUAUGAAAUUGUGUUGGGAAUCAAGGAUCUAGCAGCUAGAGGCAUGGCUACAGAGGUUGUGGAACAAGUUAAUGCUUUGGAUCCAAACUUCUUCUCCCAGAAUCAUGCCUUGCUCUUCCAAUUAAAACAGGUUGAAUUCCUCAAGCUGGUCAGUGCUGGUGAUCAGUCAGGUGCUUUGAAGGUGGCCUGCUCGCACAUGGGUCCCUUAGCAGCAAAUGAUCCUUCUCUUCUGAAGCCUUUGAAGGAGACUCUGGUUGUGUUACUCCGUCCACAUGAAGAGAUGCUUGGAAAAGGCUUACCUUUAAAUGCUCUAGCAAAUUCACUCCAGGUCGCAAUUGGUCAAAGGCUUGGCAUUGAAGAACCACAACUCAUGAGGUUAAUGAGAGCAGCCAUGCACACACACAAUGAGUGGUUUAAGCUGCAAAUGUGUAAAGAUCGCUUUGAGGGUCUUAUGAGGAUAGACUCUCUGAAAGAACUCGAGACACCUUUGCUCUCUGCUUGCUCCAUGUUGAGCUCGAAUGCAGAUAGCUCUACUCAGGGUUCCUCCCAAGUUACGACAUCUUCAAGUGCGAGGUUGCCUGAAGAUGGUACAAGUCCGGCUCAAGUCUCGUCGGGAGAAGUCUGUGAUGAAAGCGCAAUACUCAAAGUGAUGGAGUUUCUCGCCUUGCCAAGGGCUGACGCCAUCCAUCUUCUUGCACAGUACAAUGGAAAUGCGGAGACCGUCAUCCAGCAAAUAUUUGCUUAG